CUGUUACGACACGUGACCCGGAAGCACUUCGCUGAAUCCGACCUCUCAGCUCUGCCCUCAGCCUGCAAGACAACAACUUAUAACGAAGCAUGACUGUAACUUUGUCCUCAAUUUAAGUUACUUAUUUAAUAAGGCUUCCAGACACGGGCUCCAGUGUGUUUUGCCCCCGUUUUUGUACGCGCUCCUUCCAUGUUUUCGAGGCGUUUUUAGCAUAUUAGCAUUAGCUCCCACACUGUCGCACAAUGUCAGCAGCCCCGGAGGUCCCCGCUGCCAAACCCCGUCAGAUGUUUAACGGCUGCUGGAGCUGCAGGCUGUUGUCCGGCGGAGGUCUGUGCCUGUCCGGGGCUUAUGUGUUCCAGCAAGCCUGGAAAGCGAUGCCAAAACGCGGAGGCACUCCCAUGGGGACAGUGUUGCAAAUGGCAUUUGCUACAAGUGUGGCUUCUUGGGGAUUGGUUGUCCUGUUUGAUCCGGUAGGAAAUGCUCAAAGGAAGACGUGAAGACAACUGAGAGCUGCACAAAUGCACAUCAUUUCACUCAAAUGUGGACUGCAAACCUGCUGAGCCAAAGACACUGCUUCAAUGGAAGUCUGCUAUGAACUGAUUAGAGUGUAUAUCUGGACCAGGCAUCCUGAACUCCUGGAAGAUGAUGUGUGCUUGAAUUAAAGUGGAAAGAAAUCCUAUAUAAAAUACCUAAGUGCUACUUUAAAUGUCAUCAUUGAAAUGUGUUCUUGCUGCAGAUUUCAACAGUAAUGAUUAGUCAUAAAUACAGUCGUCUCUUUUUAUAAGCAGCAGUGUAAUUUCUUGUAGCGCAGAAAGCACACGUGCAACCAGUGACACAAGUGAUGCCUCUGCCGCUGGAACAAGAAGUUCAAAAAGUCAAUGUAAUGACCGUUAAUGUCAUUACUUGUGCUUUUCUUGCUCUCGAAUGCCAAAAUGUCCUUGAAAAAGCCUAAUUUACUAAUGUAUCAAUGUCCUACAGUCUGCACAAAGAGAACAGAAGAAUCUUUGCCAUAAA